UUCUACUCAUGCAACACGUGGACUUCUCCCUCUCUCUCCCUCUCUCUCAAAAGCGACCGAUACGUACAACAAUCGAAGACACAAUUUCAAUAUUUGACUCAUCUCGAAAAAGAAAAAAAAAAUCUCCACCCCCAUAUUUUUCACGCUCAUUGAAGCAGUCCCAAAAUAUCAUUCAAGAAAAUAUUAAAGUAUAUAUAUUGCGGAAGAUAAUUGUUUUGCUUAUCCUUUGAUUUUCUGGUUGACAGAAUUAAAAAAGGUAGCAGCUUUAUGAUCUUUAGCUUUUCUGCUUUUGGAUUCUAUAUAAUUAAGGAGGGUGCGUGAGGAAAAUCAGAGAAUGGGAGGAGCAGAGGGCCUUGAUUUCUCCUUUGAAAAUAUGGAGAUUAUAUGCGGCGGCGGCGGCGGCGGGGUGACGCUUAGUGAGUGGAAGGAUAUACCGGUGGAGCUGUUGAUGAGGAUUCUGUCUCUGCUGGAUGAUCGGACGGCGGUGGCGGCGGCCGGGGUUUGCCGUGGUUGGAGAGAUGCCCUUUGCUGGGGCCUCACUCAUCUCUCUCUCUCUUGGUGCAAGAGAAACAUGAACAAUUUGGUCCUAUCACUAGCUCCCAAAUUCACAAAACUGCAAUCUCUGAUUCUACGACAAGACGUGCCUCAGCUCCAAGACAAUGCUGUUGAGGAAAUCGCGAGCCAUUGCCAUGAACUGCAAGAGCUGGAUCUCAGCAAGAGCUUCCUACUCAGAGACCCGUCCUUGUAUGCCAUAGCUCGUGGUUGUCCAAAUCUCAUAAAGCUGAACAUAAGUGGCUGCUCGGCAUUCAGCGACACUGCUCUCGGAUAUCUAACCGGCCAUUGCAGGAAACUCAAAUCUCUAAAUCUCUGUGGAUGUGUUGGGACUGCAUCUGAUAGGGCCCUAAAGGCCAUUGGAUACAACUGCAACGGAUUGCAAUAUUUGAACCUUGGAUGGUGUGAUCGAGUUGGUGACGAAGGGAUAAAGAGCUUGGCCUACGGUUGCCCCGAUCUCAGAGCUAUCGACUUGUGUGGAUGCGUUCUCAUAACCGACGACAGCGUGAUAGCUCUGGCUGACAGCUGCCUUCACCUGAGGUCCCUCGGCCUUUACUACUGCCAGAACAUCACGGAUCGAGCCAUGUACUCACUAGCACAGAGCCGGGUCAAGAACAAGCACGAGGUGUGGGCGUCCGUGAAGAACAGGUACAACAAGGAGGAGGGGCUUACGAAUCUCAAUAUCAGCCAGUGCACCGCCCUGACGCCUCCAGCAGUGCAGGCGCUGUGCGACUUGUGUCCUGCGCUCCACACGUGCUCGGGCCGUCACUCGCUGAUCAUCAGCGGCUGCCUCAACUUGACGUCCGUGCACUGUGCUUGCGCUGUCCAGGCGCACCGUGGCUCGACGGCGCUGCCUCACUUGGCUCACUGAACUUCACUGUUGAGAUACAGACACUUUCUUGUAACAUGAACUGAGCCUCAGUUAAAACACCAUUUAGUUGUUCUAACAAAACCAGGCUUGUCUAAACAGAAGCAAUAAUCUGUUGAUCACUCAUCUUCCUCUGUACACAAUUUCAUCGUCAUCAACGUCAAAUGCCGGGUUGCAGAGGCACCUGAAGAGCCUGCCGAUGCCCUGUCACAAAUGGAAAUAAAUCACAGUGAGACUCAACUGCUUCUGCUGCUUAUCUGAUUCAAAUGAAUGUACAAGUAUGUGUGUGUGUAUAAAUAUGUGUAGAGAGAGAGAGAGACCUGUGUAACAAGAGGAGUCCUGUAAUUUAGUGGUCUGUGAGAGUCUUCAUCAUCACUGCUAUCAGAGCUGCUGUCAUCUUCAUCUGCUGAAGCAACUUUCUUCUUUGAUGUUCCACCAUUCUGCAUAAA